AUUUCUAUUGCCAGAAUUUAAUAAUUGAUCGAUUAAAUUUACUCAAUUUCUUUGAAAAAAAAAUAUUGGAUACAAAUCGAUCACGAUGUGUAACACAUGUAUGUUUUCUUUCGGUGCAUCUUGUAUAGGUGGCAUCACUCUGCACUCUUGCGUUUUCACAUCAGCUGUAGUUGUAUAAAGAGUUCAAUGUGAUAACUAUCAUACGACUGUCCAUGUUCGAUAAUACGAUAGAUUAAUACUAUAAACAUCAGUUAAUAGGCAUCUUUCUUCCUUAAUUUGUUACGUCAGUUUCGAACAAAUCGAAUGAGAAUAUCCAGAUUGACACGGUGUGGAGAAAAAUGGACGACGAAAAUGCGAGUUGCAUGUAUGACAGCGAAGAAGAUGAACAGCUCUCAUUAUUGGAUCUCCCAGUCGAGAUAUUCCUGCAUAUAUGCUCCUUCUUAGAGGCGUCGACGUUAGUACACAGUUUGAGCCUAGUAUGCAAACAGUUCUAUCUGAUUUUAAAGGAUGACUCAUUGUGGAAAGCGCGAAUUAACCAUAUAUGGCCGGAUGCUAGCUAUCCACUCUUGCGUCCUGCGAGACCCAACAAACUGUUUUGGAAAUUGUCAUGUGUGGCAAUCGAGAAACAAAGAUUACUAUGGAAACAGCAGGAUUCUAUGGAGAAAUUAAUAAUUGCAAAUGCACAGUACAGUACAAUAGAUGCUUUGUUACUAAUGCAUGACGGAACCACUUGUAUAGCUGGUGCAAGAGAUCGUACUUUGGUGUACUGGAAACUUCCUUCUCAUGAAAAACUGCCAUCUCACGAAAUCGGAAACUCUGUCUGUAUAGAUUCCGCGCAUAAUGGAUGGAUUUGGGAUCUAACAGCGAUAGACAACACAAUUUACAGUUGCAGUUGGGAUCAGAGUGUUAAAUCAUGGAUGCUAAUCAACACUGGUCUUGUUCAGAAGAAGACUUACGAGAUGAAUAUACCGGGUGCGUUACUGUGUGUAUCAUCGUGUCCAGAACAAGCUCUCUUUGCGACCGGUUCAUAUAACAGGACUGUAUUUGUAUUUGAUUCGAGAUCGGGAUGCAAGCCAAUCAGGCAAUAUCGGCCGCACAAUGGGGCUGUGAUUAAGUUAGCCAUGAAUUCAGAAUAUAUUUUGUCUGCCAGCGAGGAUAAAACUGUGUCUGUUUGGGAUCAAAGAGCUGGACGAUCUAUGAAAUCAAUUACUAUUUCAGGUGAAGCAUUUCCUAUGUGCAUGAAUAUGACACCAGAUUGGAUUUGUGUCGGGGACAGUAUCGCAAAAUUGCACAUAUUAAAUCCAAAAGACGACUUCAAACUAGUGAAAUCUUAUGCUACCGAACAUACGAAAGGAAUAACAGGAGUGCAUCUGACACAUGGAUGUCUGAUAACGAGUUCCACAGAUGGCACGGUCAGAAUUUCAAGCCCUACCGACCCACCAAAGCCUAUAGCUACUUUACUUUCAGGAUUCGGAGAAAUUGCUAGUAUGGAUUAUCUCAAUGGUGUUCUUGCGAUAUCUGGUAUUGAUAUCGCGGUAUGGCGACCGAAAUCAAUGUGUUCAUAAAAACAUUAAUAGAAUGGAAAAUUUCUAUACAUAGUUAUAUUGCUUUGAUAUAUAUAUAUUCUUAGUUUUUUAACUAAAGUUACUUAGUUUUAUUACUACAAAAUCUAUCAUCAAAAGUUUUUUAUCAAAUAAAAGAAUUUUGAUCUUUGUACCAAAUGAAUAAAACUUAUUUUUUUUU